AUGGAUCGAAUAAAUGUUCAACGAUGGGCAAAUUCUUUACGUCAAUUUCAUAGAAAACAUUUUCAGCCACAGAUUGGAACUAAUGUUUGUAUAGAUAAUCAAAAUGGUUUUCGAAAUGCUUCAACCACUGUGAAAACAAAGGAAAAUGAAUCACCGAAAGAUAAUUCAAAAUAUUCUUUGACAUUAGAAUUUCCAUCUCCUAAAAAAGAUUCUUGUCAUAAAUUAAUAAAAUCACAAUUAUACACAUCUGAUAUGACAACUAAAGAUGAAGAAAAUCUUAAUUAUUCUUCAGAUGUUCAACUAUCUGAUAAUCAUACAUCAGAUUUUGUUAUUUCAUCAUCAGAUCAUCAUGAUAUUGAUACAUUAAGUGAUGCUGGUACUUAUAUAAUUGAAGAUGAUAAUGAAUUAGAACAAAAAAAUAAUUCUUCAUUAGCAUAUAAACGAUAUGUAUGUCAAACAAAAAAUCGUCAUGGAACAUUUGAUAUACAUCAAUUAAUAACAUCAACAACACAAACAAUUAAUCGUCCUAUUAUUGAUUUAAAUAUUUCAAAAAAUGAUUUAGUUUCAUCAUCAUCAUCAUCAUCAUCUCAUGUUUCAUUUUCAAAUGAAAAUGAUCAUAAUAUAUAUAAUGAACUUGAAAAUCAAUCAUCUAAUGAUACAUCAAAUAUUCUUUUGCAAUCAUCAUCACAAAAUCAAAUAAAACCAGCUGAAUAUUUUGUUAUUUCACCAACAUUGAAAACAAAACAUUUUUUAAAUACAAAUAUUCAUCAACGAAAAAGAGAUAUUUUACGCCAAUCAGAAAAAUCUGUUCCUAUUAAAGAUUCAAAUGUUAAAACUACAAUUAAUCAAUCAAUAUCUCCUUCAUUAUCAUCAUGUUCUAAUCAAAAUUCUGUAGAAAAAUAUUCAUUUUAUCUUGAAAAACAAUUACCUUAUAUCGAACCAUCUAUUCAAUCUCAUACAAUUAUAAAUGAUCAAACUAAUUCUUCAGAAUUAUUUCAACGUAAUUCAAUCAUAGGACAAACAAUAUCUUCAUCAUCAAUAAUAAAUAAUAAUGAAUAUGAUGAAAUAAAACCAAAUUUUACAAAAUUCUCUAUGAAUAAAACAUUUCUAUUACGUCAACAAAGUUCUAAUCAUUUACCAUCAACAUCAAAAUUAAUUCAACAACAAAUUUCAUCAAAAACAUUAUCACAACAAAUAUCAAAGCCAACAACUACAAUUAAUUCAUGUAGACAAAUAAAUCGAACUGUUCAAUUACGUCGUGCACGUGCACAAGCAAAAAUAGAAGAAUUAUCACAACGUAAUACAAAACAAUUAAAUCAAAAUGAUAUAAUGAAUACAUCAUGGCAUAGUAAUGCAAGUAGUAAUGAUAAAAAAGAGUUCGCUAAUUUACAAUUAAAUUCUCAAAUAAUAGCAAGAAGAAAUAUUACAUCUCCACGACAAGAUAUAUUAGCAAGGCGCACAAUAUCAUCUAUAUCAGCUCAUCGACCUACAUCGACAAGUCCAAAAUUCCAUGAAGAAAUAUCUCCAAGAUGUCGAAAAACUAUGACAUCAAUUGAAUAUCAAAAACGGAAUACAAGUGCUUGUAAUAUUGAAGAAAAACGAUGCGAUAUAUUACGUGAGAAUGGACAACGAUUAGUAAUUAAAUUAAUUCAAAUUUCAUCAGGAAUAUUAGAAAAAUUAAAACCACAUGAAUCUGUUAUUGAUGAUGAUAUCAACGUACGUGAAUUAGAACAACUUGUUGAUAAAUUAGAAAUGGUCAAUCGAACAUUAACCUGAACAUCAACAAUAUUAUUAAAAUUAUGUUAUGAAAGUUUAUAUAAUGUAUCUUUAAAAACAUCAAAUAAAUCAAUGUCAACAUAUGGAAAUACAUUAAUUUCUUGGGCAUCAACUGGUCAACGUUCGAAAAUAAUACAAAAUAAAUCAAAUGAUAUAAAAAUUCGUGAUGAUUUACAAUUAAUUGGUGCACAAAUUUAUUUUCGACAUGGAGCUCGUACACCACUUAGUUUAUUACCAGGACUUGAAGAAGUGUCUUAUGAUAAAGAACAUAUUGAAAUUUAUCCACCAACAAAAUGGGAUAUUAAAUUAAUUACAAAAUUAGGUAAUGAUAUUGUAUCAAAAGAUAAAAUUUUAUCAGCAAAUGAUAUUAUCGGUGAUCGAAUUAAACCAUUAAAAUCAACUUCAGGAGGAAAAAUAGUUACAGGACAAUUAACAGCUAUUGGUGAAAAACAAUUAUAUCAACUUGGAAAAAUAAUACGAUCUCAAAUUAUCAAAGAAGAUAAUAAUGAAAUUAUACCAAAUAUUUAUGAUCCAAAUAUUGUCUACUGUCGUUCAACAUAUAUGGAUCGAACUAUUGCUAGUGCACGAUCAUUUCUUGCUGGUCUAUUCUCAUCAGAAAAAGAUGACAAUAAAAUUCAAGCUAAAGGUCCUUUCGAAAUCGAAGUUCAUAACUUUCCAGAUGAAGAUAUGUUUCCAAAUCCAAAAGUAUUUCCAACUCUAAAGAAAUGUCAUACAGCUUUAGAAUUGUAUAGAUUAUUACAUGAUGAUCAUGAUUUAAAAAAAGCUCGUCAAGCAUUAAUUAAUUAUAUUGGUGUCAAAGAUUAUCCUCAUGGAAUUGUUGAAUUACAUGAUGAAUUUGUUUCAAGACAAGCACAUAAUUUUUCUAUUCCAAAAAAAUAUCUUGAAUUAACAAAAAAUUUUGAAAUUAUGUCUGCACGAGAAUUUGUUUCAAUGGCAACAACAAUUGGUUUUGAUUUAUUUAUACGUUCAACAUGUGGACCACUUCUUUAUUUAAUGAAACAAAAUUUUAAUUCAAUAACAAAAAAUUAUAUUACCGAAAAAGAAAAUAAUAUAAAAAAAUCAUAUAAAAAAUUAUUUAUUUAUUCAGGUCAUGAUACAACAUUAAUUCCUUUAGCAAUGGCACUUGAAAUUUUUGAAAUGCGUUGGCCAGAUUAUGCUUCAUAUAUUUUAAUGAAAUAUUAUGUAUCAAAAAGAAAUCCUAAUGAAACAUAUGUUGCAGUUAAUUAUGCUGAUGAACCACAAAUAUUACCUAAUUGUGAUAAUUAUUAUUGUCCUUAUUCAACAUUUGUUAAGAAUUUAGAAAAUCGUUUUGAAAAACCAAAAUUUUUAACAAAAAAUUAA